ACUUUAUGGCUGUUUUGUUCCAUUCAAUAAUAUCUCGUUAAUGUCUGAAUUUAAGUUUAUAUGUAUCACGAUUGAGAUAUAUACUCAAAUACUUCAUUUGUAAUUUUAAAGUAUAACUUGCAGUACCAGCAACAGUUGAUGCAUUAAAUUACAGUAUAGAUUGCAGCACGGUCGUAUUUUCAUACUUGACAGAACUUUAGUUUAAAAGGUUAAGAUUUUUAAAUGAUGAAGACUACCCACCGUUACAUUAAACUGUAUUUCCCGAAUUUUCUGUUUAAAAUGUCAUAAUGAAUAUUUUCAGUUUUUGCUAAAUUAAAUAAUUUCGUAAUAAAAAUGGGUACAAAAACAUUAAACGAUAUUCAUAAUGAUAUGAAACAAUUAAUAACAGCAAUAACUUCUUUUGAGGAAAAUGAGGAAGGAUUUCGAGUUUGUGAACGUUUUUGUAUGACAAAUAUUAAACAUCAUCGAUUUUUAUCUGUUAAUAGCAGUACCACAAAAGAAGCAAUCAAAGCUUUGAUUACAAAAUUUUCUAUCCAUGGAAAGUAUGAUGUAGCAAAAAAAUUCAAAGAGCUUAUUGAUCUGUUUUUGUCUAGUUUUGAUUUUGAGCAGCAUCCACAAUAUGAUUUGCAAUGGUAUUUACUAACAUUAUUAUUGGAAUUAGCAAAAGAAACUCAUAAGUCAGAUUUGGAAUGUUUAAAAUUAAUACGUGGAGAAUGUACUCUUAAUGUGUCUGGUGAAAAUGAAAAGGAAGUUCCAGAGGAAAUUGAUUGGGCUGAAUAUUUGAAAGAAGGUCAUGAGAACUUUUUUGACAGCUAUAAAAGUGAUACAGAAAGUGAAUGGUCAGAAGAAGCAGAAGAUAUUGUAAAUUUGAGUACCAAUUUUGAAGGGUCUACUGAUACCACAAAUUUGGAUAAAACAAUAUGUAUACCAAAUACAGAAAAAGAAUUAAAUACAUUAUCAUUUACAUUAAAUGAGGAGCUUAAAUCUAGAAAUUGGUUACUAUCAAAUGUUCAGAAUACAUGGUGGAAUGAAUUAGAGUGGCGAAAAUAUCCAGUUAAAAGUAAAGUUUGUGAUGCUCAUCUUUGUGAAAUUUGGCAUCAAGCAACAGGAGGAGAUUUUUACACAAUUGGAACUCUUAGUGAAUAUUCAGUAUGCAGAGAAUUGUUGUGGAUGUUUUAUGCUCCAAUGCCUAUGAUGAUAUUCCAAAUAUGUGGAGAUGCAAAAUUUUCUAUUCAUUCCAAUAUAUCUAUACCCAGUUUAACAACUGUUGCUUUUAAUAGCAUUCUUGCACCAUUUUGUGAAUAUUUUUCAAUGAUACAUGAAAUAGAACAAUUUGGAACUGAGCUAUACUUAGAACAGGAUGGUUUAAAUAAGAAACCACCUUUAACUUAUGAAACAUACAAUUCAAUACUCAGACAACAUUUAAUAAAAUUUAAAUGUAAAAUAAUUGAUUUAGAAAAAGAUGUCAUGAAACAAGAUAAAAUCACUACACUUUUAUCCUUAUCAUCCAUCCUGAACAAAAAUUUAUACAACAUAAAAAUUUUAUAUCAAGUUCACAAAAAGGCUAUAUCUAAUUGGAGAGUUUACCCAAAUUGGAAAUGCGCGUCGAGAUUAUUGUCCUCCUUAUAUUUUGAAAUACAGAAAUCUCACAACCAAGAAAGAACAAAUAUCUGUAUAAGUUUAUAUUUAUCUAGUCUCACUGUAUAUUUAAAUAUAAUUGACACAUGGUUAAGUGAAGGACGAUUUGAAGAUUGGAGAGAAGAAUUUAUAAUUGCCAGAUCGCUAAAUGAUAUAACUUUAGAAAAUAGUGAGCAAUAUGAAACAUUUUCUUUGAGACCUUUGGAUAGUAUAUGUUUAUCAGAUCCUAUAAUGCGAUUUUUAAUAAGAAAAGUACAACAUAUUGCUCAAAGUAUUGAGUUAUUAGUAUCUUUGGACCGUAUUUCAGACAUAUGGAAAAUUAAUAUUGGGAAUGAUGGAACGAAAACAUCUUUGAUUGAAGAAUUUUAUACUAAAUUAGAUGGAGAAAUUUCUAAGUACAAUAAACGCGAGAUACAAACAGAAGUAUCUUCAACUGAUGAUGAAAUCACAGAAGAUAAACAUAAUGAAGAUAUUGAUAGAAAUAUCAUACAACAAUUAACUGAGUUUAACAAUCCAUUUUUGUUAAAAGCAUUAGAAAGUUAUCUUCCUUCUGAAUUAUUAAACAAAAGUACCACUAGUACUUUUAUUUCUAAAUGUCAAAAUGACAAAGUAGGGACUGUUAAUAUAUUUAGAAGACUUGAAGAGGUAUCAGAUCAUAUAUUGCCAUUUAGAAAAAUAUUAGAAAAUAUAUUAGCAGAGAUUCUAACUUCACGGUAUAAUGGUGCGAGUAGAUUAGUGAAACAAAUGAUGUCAGAAGAAUAUAAAUUGGAAUCACAUUUAACACUAAUGAGAUCUGUUUAUAUGAUGCAAGCUGGUCAUAUCAUGAACAAGUUUUACCAAAAAUUAUUUCAUGAGAUUGAAACUAAUCGUAUGUGGAAUAAUUCAUAUUUUUUAUCAUGCAUAUUGGAAGAAAUUCUUUCUCAAUGGUGGCCGAAUUCAAGUUCACGUUGGUCUAUUACAGUUUCUAACACACAUACAGAUCAAGUGUUACUGGCUGUAGAUAAUAUAACGUUACAUUAUGCUAUUGGCUGGCCUAUGAAUAUUGUUUUAAACGAAAAAACUUUUAUAAAGUAUAAUGAAAUAUUUAGAUUUCAGUUAAAAUUGAAGUGGGCUUUGUGGACAUUAAAUAAUUUAAGAUUUAGUGAUUUAGAAGGAUCAAAGUUAAUGUGUAAAAGAAAUAAGUUGGAACAAUUUCAUAUAAGACGAAUUGAAAGUUUGCGAUUUUGUUUACUACAUGCAAUCAGUUCUAUACAUACAUAUUUAUCAGGCCAAGUACUAGAAAAUUUGAGUAUUAUAUUAGAGAAAUCUCUAACGCAGACUGAUAGCCUUGAUGCGAUUGUAUCAGUUCAUAAUGAGUAUUUAAGAAAGGUUCAUGAACAUUGUUUAUUAACGCACGAAUACGAAGAUUUGAUGGCUACUAUAAUAAAUUUAAUUGAAAUGUGCAGUCAUAUUCGAGCUCGGUGGAAUUAUGCAAAAUUAAUGUUUGUCAGUGAAGAAUUAGAUGUAUUGGAAAGCAGCUAUAACAAAUAUCAUACAUAUCUUGCUUUAGCUUUGCACAACGCAAUACAAAAUAAGGAUGCAAGUUACUUGACUGGUUUAAGUUCAGCAUUUAACUGCAACAUGUCAAGUGCUAAACACUAAUAUAUGUCCAUAUCAAAUUUUUUAAUACUGUACUGUCAUAUCUAUAAAAGAACGUGAUACUGUAACAAAUGUAUAUUAUUAUUAGAAAUUUUUUUUUAUAUUUUUAGUAUUGAUUAGGUUUUGUACUGACUACAAAUACCUUUCCAUUAGUAAGAGUAUCUCAUCAAUGUAUUACUUUUAUUAAAGUCUUGUAACUGGUUGUAUUAUAGCUCCUUCUAAUAGCAUA